AUGGAGAGUGUUCACGGUGUUGACGUUAGUUGGAUGAGCAAACACACCAGCAACAGCCUCAAUUCAAAGGACCAUCUCUCGAAAGCUCAUACUGUUCAUCAUGGUUCACCUCCCUCCCUCGAGGAGUCAAAGAUAGUACACAAUGGCAAUGGACAUCACGCAGACGAGCCUUCUCCAUCUCCAAAACCUAUACCCGGUCGACCCAACUUUUCGAGAAGUAAUUCAACGGAAAAGACAAUAACAUUGAAUGGGAGCUUGUCGAGGUCCGGAUCGCCGUCCCCGAGUACCCCAAGAAGGAAUUCGUGGUUGUCGAGCAUCUCCUCCAAGUUCUCGUCAUCACCACACCCAGCUCAAGCGCAAAAUGGCAGCCCUACAAUAUCGACACCUCCUACUAUACCAGAGUCGCCGAUUCCCACUGGCCCUAGUGCCCCGAAGAAUGCCAUAUUGCCACAUGCUGUGAAGGUUUCCGGCGAUGUCCCAUAUACCCCAGCUCCGGUCAAGACCGGACAGCCCAGCUUUUUACAAAGUGCUUUUCGAAGGUUAUCCUCAUCUGGGGGUCAGUUGUCGGCUCCUCACAAAGGAAUGCAACAUGGACUGUGCCAGCGAAUGGUGCUGAAUGUGGAUCCAAACCGGGAAAGAUGUCACAUCUCUGAGCUUGAUCAAUCGAAGCUGCGGAGGGUUGCAUUCUGUGUCGACGUCGAAAUUGCAAGUGGUCCUCGGUACAAUGAAGACGAUGUUAGUGAGGAGAAGAAGAAAGAACGGAAAGAACGAAAACGAAUGACUGAAAAAGGCGAGGCUGAGGCAUUGAAAAAUCCAGAAGCUGUCAAAGAGGAGAAGGAAGUCGACGGUGUCAUAAAAGCUACUGGAGAAUUCGUCCCCAAAGAACCUGCAAAAGAGGCAUCGGAAAAGACAGAAGAGGUCAAAGACGAGAAUGUUGCCGGUGAUAAAGAUACUACCAAGAAGAGAGAGAAAAAGAAACGUAGUGAAGAAGAGAGGAAGGCCAGGAAAGAAAAGAAGCGGAAGUUGGCUGAGGCGAACGGGACAGUACCUGUUGAGCUGGUCAGGGAUGGCAGUGAUAGCUCUGUAGGUAGUACGCCACCGGGAACGGCGACUCCUAAGACCCAAGCCUCACCUACCACGGAUCCAGUUCGAAUAUACAGACGAUGCUGCCAGCUGCGAGAAACGCCAAUAUUAAAAAAGAUCACUGAGCAACUCGGCGCUGCUCCAACGAAUCUCGGUCCUCCCGGAGUCGUGGCCAAGCUGGAUCUUACCGGAUACUGGCUUCAGCUCCCAGAUCUCAUUACCUUGGGCGACUACUUGGCAGUUGUUCCUGUGAAAGAAUUGGUAAUGGAGAACUGUGGACUCACUGAUGAAGGCGUCCGUGUCAUCCUCGCCGGUCUUCUCGCCGCAAAAUGUCCCGAGUGGGAGAGGAAGAAAGUCAAGAAGGGGAAAUGGGGUGAGUGCCCUCAAGGUGGCUUUGUAGAGCGGGUCGUCUUCAAAAACAAUGGCAAGAUUGGGAAAGAUGGCUGGCGCUACAUUUGCACAUUCAUCGCCAUGUGUCGGUCACUCAAAUCGAUGGAUUUAUCGAAAGUUCCAUUCCCCCAGCCCCCGGCCGGGACAUCGUCUCACGGGCCUAGCCAUCUCACCCGUACUGUAAGCGCCUCAAGCACUACUCAUCCAGAGGUUUCAUGCGUUUUGAGUAAAGCCAUCGGCGAGCGGCUAGCUGGUCGAGAAUUCGAGUUGCUGAACAUCGCCGAAUGUGGCAUGACCACUGAACAAUUGGGCGAUCUAAUCGAUGGAGUCAUCAAGUCUGGUUUACGACGUCUCGGAAUUGCGGGAAACAAAAUUACCCCCGAAGGAAUGCAACAUGUUGCUCGCUACAUCCGAGACGGAAAGUGUGAGGGUUUAGAUCUUGGCGGGAACGACUUAAGGGACCAGCUGGGCGUGAUUGCAGAUGCCUUAACAGAGGACAAUGCUCUUUACGCUUUGAGUCUUGCCGACUGCAAUCUCACACCGGAAUCUUUAUCGGCGCUUUUUCCGGCUCUGGCGAAGCUGAACAAUUUUCGGUUUAUCGAUUUGUCGCAGAAUCAUGACUUGUUUGAUUCCGAGCCUAGUGCGCUCUCAUUACUCCGAAGGUACCUUCCGAAGCUGCCAACGCUUAAGCGUAUACACCUCACCGAUGUAUCCAUGACUCCAGAGCAAGCCAUUGCGCUCGCGGAAAUCUUACCGGAGAGCCCGAACUUGGCUCAUGUGAGCAUGAUGGAAAAUCCCAAACUUGCGACUUUGGCAGACGCACGGGAUGAAGCCAAUCAAGAAGAGGCUUGCGCUCUGUAUGCCUCGCUCAUGGCAGCCGUUCGAGUUUCACAGUCGAUCAUAUGCAUCGAUAUUGAAGUGCCUUCUCCUGAAUCAAGCGAAGUUGUGAAGGCAUUGGCAAAACAAGUCGUCGCCUACUGCCUAUGGAACAUGGAGCGCGGUCCGGUGGCCGAGAUCAGUCAAGCAUCUGCAACAGUAUCAGAACCUCACGGGGGAGAGAAGGAAGUUGCCGUGCCGGAUGUGUUAUUGCACCUCGUAGGACAUGUCGAAGGCUUCCACGAGAACCACGAUGAAGAUGAGGCUGCCCCAGACGAGGAUUAUGUUAUCGGUGGAACAGGUGUAGUCAAGGCUUUGGGUAUCUGCUUGCGAAAUAGAGCCCAUGAUUCAAGGAGACCAUCGGCAGAUCGUACCUUCUCCGAUUUGUCGGAGCCAGGCAGCGGAUCGGCGACCCCGAAGUCGCCCCAUGUCCGUGGUGGCAAAGCCAAAGAUAUGUCAAAGAACUUGCUUGGAAGCGCGCGCAAGAUACGAGCCCGUCUUCAACCUGCCUUGCUAAAGGAAUCGAGGACCGGUGAUGGAAACAACUACCAACGCCUCCUAUUCCUCGACAGAACCCUUGAGGGUAUGAUCAAACGAUUCGAAGACGAGUUCCCAGAGACACGCCUCCCAUCCUCGGUGACCUCGCCGCCUCUUCCGGAUAUGGGUCCGGCCAGCCCAUCAGAAAGCUUCGAGCUCAACGGAGGUGCUGAGUCUCAUAUCUCUGAUACCGAACCAGUCCUCGCUGAGACAGCUCCGUCUGAUGACGAGGAGGGUCUUCGUCCGAUGCUAUCGAGGCACAAUUCUGACGUAUCGCUUGCCUCUCGUGCCCUGUCUCAAGAAGAGGGUCUUAUGCACCGAUUCGGGCAGCAAUUCCGACGAGACAUAACGAAGCCUGAUAUCGAAAACGGCAUUACCGGGACACCAGGUGCCCAUGAUCAGCCUGUGCAUCUCCAAUUGCUGAGAGCAAUGGUCUAUGGAACAAGCGGUGAAGAAAUCAAGAAUAGAAUCUUGAACGAGGGUGAAGAAUCAAUCAUGCGAGAGCUGAGGAAUGAAGCAAGCGAACUGAGGCAGACGCUCAAGGAGCAAGACCCAGAAGGCUGGGUGAAGUUUGUGGAGAGUCAGGACGCGGCGAUGAGGAAUCAAAGGUUCGCCGGUUUAGAACGAAACGUCAGUGCUAUUGAAUAA